UGCAGUCUUCAUUUGGACAGGAUGGAAGGUAUAUCAGCAAGUUGCACAAGCAAAUGAGGACGCAAUAAGUCAGCAGAAGAGGUGGAGCUGUGUCGGUUUGAAUUUCUUUUUAUCCAUCGACUGUUUCAUCAGUAAAGCAGGUCUGAAAACUGCAUCUGACUCAUUCAUUUGGUGGUGGAGAAAAAGCUGGAACAUUUGUUGUUUCUACACUGAGGAGAGAAAACAAGAGGUGAUAAUGGCUAGUAAUGACAGAAUAUGGAAAAAGGGCACAAGUUCCAGACACCGUGAAUACAAAUAUUGUGAAAGGAAGCAUGUGAGAUUAACCGAUUUAAAAGAGGACUUCAAAAAUGACCGCUACCUGGGGAAGAAAAACAUUCCCUGUUAUCCUGACUGUAUCUUCAAAGUGGCCAAUGUUUGCCAUGUAACUGAAAAGAGUGGUCUUCAUGGAAUCCUCCAAGAGGAAGGAUUCAUGAAAGGACAUGAUACCUUCCUGUGGUGGAGCCUUUCAGUGACUGAUGAUGACAUUGCCGGUGCUAAGACCAAUUACUCCCCCCAAAAAGACUUGAAAAAGUUCACCACUUCACCUGCAUUCCAGAGUGAAUCCCGUUAUGGCAACUUCCGCUUCACUUUUAAUCUUAAAGAGCUCCUGAAGAUAUACAGCAAGGAGUACUGUCACAGCACUGCUCCAAUUCUGCGUGUGUUAGGCACACAACUCUACAAGCAAGAGAUUUUCUAUUCAGUUUUGGUGCAUCCACGAUAUAUGACGCACUAUAGGAAAUACCCUCGCCUACCCUUUGAUGAUAAACAUUUGUGUGGAUACAGCCAAGGGCAUAUGUCCUGGUGCUGCCAGUCUCCUUCAAAUAACUAUAAACACAGCCAGGAGGUGAAUGAUGAGGAAGGUGAAUAUUAUAGAUGGGAUAAUGUAGCCGUGGCCUUCCACAUGAAGCGGGGUUGGGUACUGCCUGUAAAUCGCAGUAGGCUCUUUGAAAACUUGAGUGCAUGCAAGGUGCCUUCAGUAAAUCUGUUAAGAGAGCCACAAAACAAAAUGUCUCUCUAUGAAGCUGAGGCAGAAAUCGAGGCAUUGAAAAAUUUCUAUUUUUGAUCAGAAGUGUUUGUUCUUGCUUCCAUAAUUUCACAAACGUUUUGUAAUUCCCCAGACCACCUGAUUAAAAUCAGAAGGUAUGUCUGAAUGAAACUAAUAUGCCACAGCACUGUUAUAUUCUCAAUUCUGAUUGGUCAGAAGGUGCUGAUUAAUUUCUAUAACAACAAUUCUGACAGUAGUACAGGCUGCACUAUAUAAAAUGACAUGUUUAUAUUAAUAUGUUCUUGUGAUACAUAGAAUUGUUGAUAUGAUGACACUUUCUGCAAGUUUAUUGAACAUUUAUGGAAGGAGAUUCAGUAUCAGCACUGUUAUAAUGUUAUACUGUUUAGUAAGUUUUGUUGCCGCAGAUGAUAUGAGAGAAGACUAUCUGAUCUCCUAAUGAUGUCCAUAAGAUGGUUGUAAAACACCAUGAAGCCUGCUGUUGAAGCUCUGCCUUUCAUUAUAUUGAAUAUGUAAAACUUGCAUAAAUGCUUUCAUAUAUUCAUAACAUAUACAAUAUAUCAGCUAGCAUUUCAUUGUUACUUUGUUCAAUGUUUUUGAUAACAUGGUAGUUUUUGCAUCUUUAAAAGUACAUUUGUUCUUUUUUAUUGCUCUGUUUGUUUUUUGCCCAUUCACCGUCAAAAAUGCAAUAAAAGUAAUGACGGGA